AACAAGAAACCAUUAUUAUUUUACAAUAUAUCAUAUAAAAACGGCCCAAUUGUAGUAACGUGGGCCAGUAGGCAUCGGCUCCUUGAAAUACAAUACAACACCAGACCAGACCAGAACAGAACAGACCAGAGAAGGCUGACAGUUCCGGCCACCGAGAAGAGGAAGAAAGAUUCUCUCAGAUUUUUCAUUUGAGAGAACGAUGAUGGCCUCAAUAGCAUCAUCACCCGGCAUUUACCGUUGCCACGCCGGAAAAAAUUUGAACAGAGCCCGCAGUUGUUCCGUCGUUCCACGUAUCAACCUCUGUCAAUCUCAGCAGCCUGAAAACAAACCUAGAGACCAAAUUCCCAGAAGGGAAAUUGUGCUGAGGAGCAGUGAAUUAGCUGUAAUCGGUGCUGUCUUCAACCUCAGCGGGAAGAAGCCUGAUUACUUAGGAGUGCAAAAGAAUCCACCGGCACUGGCCCUUUGUCCUGCUACAAAAAAUUGUGUAUCAACUUCGGAGAACAUCGCUGAUCUCACCCAUUACGCACCGCCAUGGAAUUACAAUGGAGGGGUCAACAGGAAAAAGCCUGUCAGCAAGGAUGUUGCGAUGGAAGAGCUUAUUCAAGUGAUAAAAUCGACAAAACCGGACAAAUUCAAUCCUAAAAUUGCGGAAAGGAAAGAUGAUUAUGUAAGAGUGGAAUAUGAGAGUCCCAUAUUGGGGCUUGUAGAUGAUGUUGAGUUCUGGUUUCCACCGGGGAAGAACUCAAUUGUGGAGUAUCGAUCGGCAUCACGGAUUGGGAACUUUGAUUUUGAUAUCAACAGGAAGAGAAUCAAGGCACUGCGAUUAGAGUUAGAGAAGAAAGGAUGGGCUUCUGAAAACAGCUUUUGAGGGGCACAUGAUCAGCUCAAGUUAAAUGCUCAAACUUUAAUUGACUCAGCAGCAAACUACAAAUGGUGUUUAGAGAGGAAUUUAUCCCUUUCUAUUUCUUUUUUUUUUUUGAAAAUAGGCAAUGGAUGGAGAGGAAUUUAGCUGAUCAAAACAAAAUUGUCAAAGAGGCUGGUAGCAUACAUCUCAACCUUACAAAUAAAAUUCAUGAUUUUAU